AUGGAAGUCUGCAAGGAAGAUGACAACACCUCAGCUGAACCAAAGGAUUCAUACGAGGAGAUCACAGCCCAAAAUGCCUCACCUCAACCGACUUACCGAUCUUUCAAGAAAAAAUUCCGAAAAAUCAAGCUGAAAUUUGAUGAAAUAAUGUUACAAAACAAAGAGUUAUACUUUGAUGAACAGCGAGCCAUUCAGACUGCGAAGCGACUCGCGCUACAGAAUGACCGUAUUCUAGAUAUUCUAUACGAUGUGAAUAAUUCAUCUCAUAUUCCAGCCGAAAAGCGCAUCGACUUGGCCACCGAGACGCCCCUUCUUGAUACCAUUCCGCCCUUUAUCAGUGAUGAUGAACUGUCUAAAGUUCGUAGUAUCGACUCACCGGAAGGAAAGCAAAGCUACGGGGAGAUACAAGAAUUGAUAGCCGCGCGCAACGCAGUAACCCCACCUAAAUCUCCAGUAAAAUCAUUGGCUUUUCUUUUAACGACCACAUCACAUCUCAAAUCCAACAAUCCUCACAUACCUUCAGACUUACUUGCUUCUCUCAAUAACGAAGAUGGCAAGCCGGCUCUAUACUCAUAUCUUGUACCAGAUAACAUUAAUGAAAAUAAUUACGAAAUUGAAAGUACACGAGGGGAUAUUCCUGCUGCUCCUCGAUCACAGCCAUCAGAACCAUACCAAGACCCUGUUUUUGGUAAUCUUCACAGCCCCUACAACUGGCUCCGGCGUCAUGUACCUCAGAUAUUUUUACAGGACGGUGAAUGCAGUGAGAAGUCUAGUGGAAAGCCUGGAGCACUACGAGGGGCUGGAAAACGUGCUAAUGUUCCGGUACCCAGCAAAUUAGAUUCAUUAGAGAUUGUCGAAGAAGACGGUUUAAGCUACGACUUUGCGGUUGGAAGUGCAAAAGACAGAGAAAAGAAGCGAAAGCGUGAAGAUGAGGAUUUAGGCAAGAAGACCACGAACGACGAGAAUAAGUCUAAAAAGCCACGUCAGGCGCGCAAAAAGAAAGGCGAAGGACUAGACGAUAAAACGACCAGCGUUAGUGUGAAGAAAAGUAAAAAACCCAAAAUUCAAUCGCCGCCGCCUGAUGCACAUCCUUUCGGACCAGCGUAA